AUGAAGCCGAGCCGUCUUUUACCGUUGGCGGCUGCUGCUGGGGCACUCCCGGCGGAUGCGCCGAGGCCGCAGGUGUCGAUGCGACACGGCGUCCCGAGCACGCUUGACAGCGCGAUCAGUCAUCUGGGCCGAGCGGCGUUGAACGCUGCCGACGCCGUCGUGCAGACGGGGAGGAGGGUGCCAGAGUACCACGACGGCUCUGGGGCAGCAGCCGCGGUUGAGGCCGUGACCGGGGCCCUACAGCUCGCACAAGAUGUCCCGACGACGCGUGGUCAAAGGGAGAGGACCGGCCCGUCUGCAAACAGGAGCGUCUUCGAGAUUAUCCGGCAGAGCGGUCAGGCCACGUACUUUGCACAGCUCUUGGAGUCGCACGCCCGGCUCCGGGACAUGUGCGACGGCGACGACGACGAGGAAGCGGGGGUCUUCACGGUCUUGGCGCCGACCGACGCGGCGUUCCGCGAGCUCAAGGGUUUCGAGAGGAGCGAGGGGGCGCUGCUGGGGGCGAUGCUCGAGUACCACGUCCUCGAGGGGCGGCGCUCGGCCGACGAGCUGGGCAAGGCGAGCGGAACGUUGCCGACCGUCCUCGCGGAGGGCGAGCUCGGCGGGCGGCAGCAGAGGGUGAGGGUCGCGGCGGGAAGGGCCGGGGCCGAAGUGAACUUUUACGGACGGGUCGUCGGUUCCGAAUCUAAUGGGAGGAACGGGGUCGUUCACUUCAUCGACAGCGUCCUGGUGCCCCCGCCGCGGUGCGCCGCGCUCGUCGGCUCGCUGGCCGGGCGGCUGGGGACGUUUUCGCGGGCGUUGCGUGAGACCAGGGUGGCCGAGGAGAUGCGCGGGCGCGGGCGGGGGGUGACGCUCUUCGCGCCGUCGGACGAGGCGUGGGAGGAGAAGCUGGGCGCGGAGGCGCGGGGGUUUCUGCUUUCCCGGGCGGGGAGGGCAUAUCUGAGGGCGCUAGUGCGGUACCACGUCGCCGAGGAGGUGCUGUACACGGACGACGGGGAGGAGAGACGCCGGCGGCGGGUCGGGACGCUGCUCGGGGGAGAGGACGUCUCGGUUGACUUUGGCGGGCGGGACGGGUCGCGGACGGCGAGGGUGAACGGGGCGGCGGUCUCGGUGGGGGACGUGCCGGCGCGGGACGGGGUUGUGCAUGUGCUGGACGGGGUUCUUCUCCCGCCGAUCCGGGGAACGGCAGACGGGGACGAGGCCGCGGACGAGGGCCGGAUCAGCGUGCAGGGGCUCAAAAGGCGGCUAGGCCGGUACGUGGAGGGCGGGGACGGGGCCGGGAGCGAGGAGCUGUAG